AUGACUACCAACCUUUCUUCCCUUGCCCUCGAGGCUGACCCUCGAAACUCCGACCAUCCUGUGGUUGCGACCGGCAAACAUCCAAUUGAAACCGAAUUGCUCAAAGCGAGUCACGACCACACCGUUACGUUUGAAGAGUAUGCCUACUAUGCUGCCUUUACUCGGGCUGAAGAGAAGGAGGCCAAUGAGAGACAUGUCGCCGCCGCGGGACCCAAGACUAUCAAGAGUGUCAUCAUGAGUAGAUUCUCCAAGGGCACGCAAGAGCCUACAAACACGCCAUCUGAGAGCCUCUCUACUGGAGAGAAGAAUGGGCUCGAUGAAAAAACCACGAGCCCAGACAGAAACCUCGGUAAUGUUACUGACAGCGAAUGGAAGAACGCAAGCCGUGCUGUUCGAACUGCCGGAUGGAGCAGUGUGUUCUACCUGAUUACCACGGAUAUCCUGGGUCCUUUCAGUGUUCCAUGGGCCUUUGCUCAAAUGGGUUAUGGUCCAGGAAUUGCUCUCUAUACCGUCUUUGGCGGUCUUGCCUUGUACUCUGGAUUACAACUCUGGAAAGUGUUCAUGUUCCUCGACUCGGAUAGAUAUCCUAUGAAGUCUUACGCCGAUACCUUUUUCAGAGUCUACGGCAGGUGGGCCCGUCACGGAAUCAACAUCCUCCAGGCUAUUCAACUUCUCUUCACCGUCUCAAUCCUCAUUCUCAGCAACGGCCAAUCGAUUUCCCAGGUUUCGAAGGGAAACCUCUGCUUCAUCGCCUGCCUUGUAAUCUUCAUGGCUGCCGGUAUGAUCAUCGGCCAAAUUCGAACCCUUCAGCGCUUCGGCUGGCUAGCCAACUUCGCCGUCUGGAUCAACGUCCUCAUCAUCUUCAUAUGCAUGGGCGUAGCAGCCAACUCGGCCCCAAACUUCAAAGCUAUCACUGCCUCGUACGGCGGAGAUGAUGGCACGCUCUUCGCCCCAGGCCCUAUUCACAGAUAUGCAGGCACACCACCUAACGGCGCCGCAACAGGUGGGAAUGGCUUCACGGGCUCGCUCAACGGCCUAAACCAAGCCGUGUACUCGUACGGUGGAGCCAUGCUCUUCAUCUCGUUCUUGAGCGAAAUGCGGCAUCCGUGGGACUUCUGGAAAGGCGUGAUUGUGGCUGAUAUCUUCAUCUACGUGUGCUACAUGUUCUUCGGCAUCUUCGUCUACUCGUACCAGGGCCAGUACACGUAUAAUCCCGCGCCGCAAUCUCUCUCGCCAUACGCCUGGCAGACAGCGACGAAUAUCAUGAAUAUCGUCACGGGGCUGAUUGCCGCGGCGCUGUAUGGGAAUAUUGGAAUCAAGGUCGCGUACGUCGAGGUAUUCCAAGAGCUGCUGAACGCACCACCUCUUACGAGCACAGCUGGCAAGUGGCUGUGGGUCGCCAUGGUGCCAGCAUACUGGGCACUCGCAUUUGUAGUCUGCGCAGCCAUCCCGUCAUUCUCGUAUAUUUCCGGGCUGGUGGGCGCAUUAUGCAUCUUGCAAUUCACGUACACGUUCCCCGCGAUCCUGGCGUUUGGAUUCCAGAUCCAGAAGGAUGCCAUGACGGCCGAGGAGCAGUUUGAUCCGGCCACGCGCACGUAUAGUUAUGUGGAUCGGGGGUACAAGAGGUGGGUGCGGGGCUUUAAGGUCAAGUGGCAUUUGAACAGCUUUAAUAUGUUUUACUUUCUUGGUGCGCUCUGUACGGCUGCGUUGGGAAUUUACAGCAGUUGUUUGGGGCUGAUGAGUGCGUUUGAUGGGGCGAGUCAGGCGACGAGUUUUGGGUGUAAGAGUCCUUCUGCUUAG